CGCCGGCAGAGCUUGCUGCCGAGCCGACAGUCGACCCUCAUCCGGACCCUGCUGAGCGCCGCCCAUGUUGAUGAUCUCGACCUUGACCCCGACAGCCUGGAAGCACUGCUGCCCCUCGAUGCCAACAUGGGUACUCGCAAGAUAUGGGUCAAGCGGCCCGGCUCCUCGGCCACUCUGGUCACCAUCAAUGGAGACGAUCUGGUCGACGAUGUUCGUGACAUGAUCCUGCGCAAAUAUUCCAACUCGCUCGGCCGCCAAUUCGACUCGCCCGACCUGGCUCUGCGGAUAGCACCCCGUGAGCAGCAGCGGCAGGAGAGAUUGCUGGGCCCCGAGGAGCCCAUGGCUCGCACCCUAGAUGCCUACUUUCCCGGCGGUCAGACGGUCGACGAGGCCUUGAUCAUCGACGUCCCAUCACGCCGUACCCCCCGGGCCUCUCCCCGCACCGGUCCCCCCCACGCCCAGCACAUCACGUCCGCCUUUUACGACGACAUCAGACCUGUCGAGGGAGGUACCGACUACUUCGGCCCCGGAGCUCUUGACCAACCCCCUGCCCCCGCCGCCCCCAUUCAGCCCAACGGCGGCGUCUCGCACCCCCAUACCAUCGCGGUGCUGAACACGGGUCAGGUGCCUCAGAUUCCUUCGCCCGGCGGUACGAGGACCCGCCAGUACCGGGACAGACCCGACCGCCCACGCCUAGGCAGGCAGCACACGUCGUCGCCCACGGUCGUUGUAGGCGUCAAUUCCGCUGCUCAUUCUUCAACCGCCACCUUGAUUGCUCCGAACCAGGGGGCGCUGCUGGUCCAUACUCUGUCAGGUCCUCGGACUCACUCGAACACGCCGCUGGACCAGCCUUCUGGCGGACAGGUGGCACCCCCUGCGCCGCCUCUGCCCACGCCGCCAGUUGCCGACCCGACUGCGGCCGACUCUGUCCCGUCCCAGGUCCCACGGACUGCCACUCCGCCCCCUCGGGUAGCAUCUCCGCGACCAUUGGCUGCCGUGAGACCCAAGAAGAAGAAGACGGCCGACCAGGCCACGCCCAGCCUCAUGCUUAACGGUGGCGUGCCGCCGAUCAAUGUGCUAAUUGUCGAAGACAAUAUUAUUAAUCUUCGUCUUCUGGAAGCAUUUGUGAAGCGGCUCAAGGUGCGCUGGCAGACCGCUAUGAACGGUCGCGAGGCUGUCACCAAGUGGCGCGCCGGCGGGUUCCAUCUGGUGCUCAUGGACAUCCAGCUGCCCGUCAUGAGCGGCCUCGAGGCUACCCGCGAGAUUCGCCGGCUCGAGCGUAUGAACUCGAUCGGGGCCUUCUCUGUUAGUACCAGUGCUAAGGCCGCCGACGCUAACGGCGAGGCUACCGAGGAGGAUUUGCUGCCAAACCGAGACAUGUUCAAGAGUCCCGUCAUCAUCGUGGCCCUGACGGCUAGCUCGCUACAGAGCGACAGACACGAAGCAUUGGCCGCCGGCUGCAAUGACUUCUUGACCAAGCCCGUUACGUACGUGUGGCUUGAGAGGAAGGUCAUGGAAUGGGGCUGCAUGCAAGCGCUGAUUGACUUUGACGGCUGGCGUAAGUGGAAGUCGUUCUCACAAAAAUCGGAC